AUGUGGCGAGAAGAAAGUUUAUUUAAUUUCUUCCGUCCUUGCCGGGCUGUGGUGUUCCUUUCGUCCGGAUACUGGGUGAAUAAUGCCUUCGUAGGAGAAGAUGACUUGACGAGCGAAAUUAGCCUCAAUAAUAAAGACUCCUUUCUUCAGUUCUUGCCGGGCCACGGUGUUCUUUUUUCUGCUGAAACUGGCUUAAAUAUCUAUCUAUCUAUCUAUCUAUCUAUCUAUCUAUCUAUCUAUCUAUCUUUGUUUAUAUCAUAUCUGUCUGCUUGUAUGAUUAUCUAUCUAUAUGUCGAGAUAUAUUUACCACUAGUUCCUCCCCAUCUAUCUAUCUAUCUAUCUAUUUACUCUCUCUCUCUCUCUCUCUCUCUCUCUCUCUCUCUCUCUCUCUCUCUCUCUCUGAGGAAUAGCGGCACCGACCGGCGACAGGCUCCGACCGGCGACAGGGACCGAUCGGCGACAGGCUCCGACCGGCGACAGGGACCGAUCGGCGACAGGCUCCGACCGGCGACAGGGACCGAUCGGCGACAGGCACCGACCGGCGACAGGCACCGAUCAUAG